AUGAGCAAGAGAAAAGCCCCGCAGGAAUCUCUUAACGAGGGAAUCACAGACUUCCUUGUGGAGCUAGCUAACUACGAGAAGAACGUCAACAGGGCAAUUCACAAAUACAAUGCAUACAGGAAAGCAGCCUCUACAAUUGCCAAGUACCCUCAAAAGAUCAGAAAUGGGGAAGAAGCUAAGAAACUGGAUGGAGUUGGGGCCAAAAUAGCUGAAAAGAUUGAUGAGUACCUACAGACAGGAACACUACGGAAACUGGAAAAGAUUCGAAACGAUGACACCAGCUCCUCCAUCAAUUUUCUCACAAGAGUAACUGGAAUUGGCCCAGCUGCUGCCAGGAAGUUCUUUGAAGAAGGAGUGAAGAGUCUCGAAGAUUUGAAGAAGAUAGAACACAAGCUUAACCAUCAUCAACAGAUUGGGCUCAAGUACUUUGAAGAGUUUGAGAAAAGGAUCCCACGAGCUGAGAUGGAAAAGAUGGAGACACUUAUCAUUGGGGAGUUGACAAAGAUUGACACGGAAUACAUCGGAACGAUCUGCGGAAGUUAUAGGAGGGGUGCUGCAUCGAGUGGUGAUAUUGAUAUUUUGCUAACCCACCCGGACUUCACUUCACAGUCUGAAAAACAACCCAAACUCCUCCACGCUGUGGUAGAUCAUUUAGAGUCCAUUGGCUUUGUGACCGACACUCUAUCCAAAGGGGAUUCCAAGUUCAUGGGAGUGUGUCAGCUGCAGCAAGGAGAUGAAGAUGAGGAAGAAUACCUUCACAGGCGCAUUGAUAUAAGGUUGAUCCCCAAGGACCAGUACUACUGUGGUGUUCUGUAUUUCACCGGUAGUGAUAUCUUCAAUAAAAACAUGAGAACUCAUGCUUUGGAGAAGGGCUUCACACUCAACGAGUACACAAUUCGGCCACUUGGCGUCACUGGUGUGGCAGGGGAGCCUCUGUUGGUGGAUAGUGAAAAAGAUAUCUUUGAUUACAUCCACUACAAAUACAGGGAGCCUAAGGAUCGCAGCGAGUAA